AUGGCGGUGAACCAGAGCCACACCGAAAAUCGCAGAGGUGCCAUCAUCCCUUACGGUGAAAGUGUCUUGCAGCAUUGUCACGAUGUGGACCUCUCCUUCCCUCAGCCACCAGAGGGAUCGAACCUCUUCAGUGGUACAAAGAGGGGAACGUUGCUUCUCACUUCAUACCGGGUGAUCUUCGUGACUUCACACUCGGUCAGCGAUCCCCUGUUCUCUUUCAUGAUGCCAUUCCAUCUCAUAAGCAACUGCACCGUUGAACAGCCCAUCUUUGCCGCCAACUACAUUAAGGGAACCAUUCGGGCAGCCCCAGAUGGUGGCUGGGAGGGGCAGGCUACUUUUAAAUUAGCCUUCAGGAGAGGAGGUGCCAUCAAGUUUUUCCAGCUGCUGAUGAAUGCUGCCUCUGCUGCUGCCCGAGGAACUCCAUUUAGAAAUAUAAAUUACUGGUUUGGCAGUCCAGAACUGUUUGUCAUUACUGGGCAGGGGAGUGUGAUGUGCAACCAAGAGCUGCCUUGUCCAGCAUACCCAGUUGUUGUCUAUGGGCCCCAACCUGUGAGAUAUGGAGCUCUACUGGGAGCAUACGGAGCCCCAGCAGCAGGCUACGGAGGCCCACCAGCAGGAUACGGAGGCCCAGCAGCAGGCUACGGAGGCCCACCAGAGAGAUCUGAAGCCCCACCUAUGGAGUACGGAUCCCCACCACUUGGGUAUGAACCUCUGCCUGUGGGAUACGGAGCCCCACCACUUGGGUAUGAACCUCUGCCUGUGGGAUACGGAGCCCCACCACUUGGGUAUGAACCUCUGCCUGUGGGAUACGGAGCUCCACCGCCAGGAUAUGGAAUCCCGCCUGCAGAAUAUGGAACCCCACCAGCUACAAAUGAACCCCCAUCUGCUAGAUGGACAGCUGGGUCCCACAAUUCCGCUGCUGCCCAGCCUGCUGGACGUGAGGCUUCUCUUCCUUCCACCUCAUCUUCUCAGACCCAUUUACCAUCUUCUAAGAUAUAAACCCUGAAGACUCACCAAGCAAAGUAGCACCGUAAAACUGAAGUCAGGAUAAGAAGGAGGACUCUCAGGUAUGUGUUUAAAGGCCCUUCCCAAGUAGUUGCCUCACCCUUUGGAAGGGCAGUCACAGAGGGAAAGUGAAG